AUGUUAUAUUCCGCGAACGUUUUUUUAAAGUCGAACAAAAAAGUGUUUCGCCUUAAGAAGCAUAUUAAUAAUGAUAAAAUUUUCUUGAAAAAGAGUCGAAAUUUCAUUACCUGGCUCAUCAAUUAUCUAUUGAACGUUCUAAAACCCGGAAUCAAUAGCAGUCAUGGAAAUUUCUCUAAUCAAGAUAAAGAGUUCAUAUGUGAAUGUGUUGAAGAGUAUUUAAAAACAAUUGGAAAAAUCAAAUGGAAACAAUUACAAAAAAGAAUGCAAAAAGAUCGGUGUGUACCUUGUUCGCAAAUUGAUCUGAAAAAUGUUUGGAACUUAAAGCAUUUACGGGAAGGUGGAGCCGAAGCGCCAGAUGAAGAAUAUCUUGAAGAAGGAUUAAAAUUGUAUCUUGCAGAAGGAAUCAAAAUCAUGAAUUAUAACGAUUCCUUGAAACGUAUAAAUCGUUUUCAUAAAAUCAAAUACGAUUUCUUAAAAUAUAUAAAUAGCUCUCUCAAAAACCUAUCACUGAAAAUCCAAAAACUCAAAAAAUUCGGAUUCAGCAGCAAUCAUGAUAUUUUCUCUAAUGAAGAUAAGGAAUUUAUUUCUGAAUGGAUUGUUGAGAAACUAAGCAAAAAACCUCCAAUUGAAUGGAAACUUUUACAAAAUGAAAUGAAAAUUCGUUGUGUAUCUUGUUCGCAAAAUGAUCUGAAAAACUUUUGGUAUUCAACGCAGAGACAACUUACACGGGAAUCUAGAGCUGAAUCGCAAGAUAAUUUGAUAAUCGAAUAUUUAGUGCAAAAAGAUGAAAUUUAA